CCCGGCUUAGACAAAAAGGGGUGGGACAAAACUGUAUAUUUUAAAAAUCUGUAAUCUAACCCCUAAAUCAAGAACAUUGCUCAAAGUUUGCUUUACACUUAUCGAGAUGGAGUCGUCAGGAGGAGUCGAUCAGGGAAUGUUUAUUUCCUAGCGGAAGAAGACUGUUUCUUCUCCGAGAAGCAGUUCCUUGUUUUCGGUUUAUCAACUCGAGAUUUGACUGGAGAUAUAUGCCAAGACUCGAUAUGUUUUACAUUACGGCGAUCUACGCAACAUUUCGGUUGAGGAAACAGGACUGAUAGGAUUGUGAGUGAAUGAAAACUGAACUGUAAAAAAAAGUUAAACUAUAGAGUUUACACCGAGAGUACAAGGAUGUGGAAAAAGUUAAGGAUCCAGCACAUCUGGAUAUGACUUGCGCUGCUGAUUUCACUAUAGUCGCCAUUAGGAGAUAAUCUUGUGAGCGCAAGACGAAAAUCAGACAUGAAGGCUUCUGAGAUGCUCGCUGUACUGUUUGUUUUGGUGUAUUCAAUGAGUUACGCAACUCUUGCAGAUCACGUUUUGACGGACUCUCCCCCCAAAAAUGAUGAAGGCAAGGAGGGCGCUUUACAGUGCAGAUGUGAGAACACAUAUGCUACCUGUGUAAACAACACCUGCUGGGGCCGUAUUUGCUUCUACAGUUCGGUCCAUGAGCGGGUAGCCUGGGGCUGUUUGUCCACUAGCGAGCAGUGCUAUGUGCCUGAUAUACCUGGAGUGUAUGCCAAGUGCUGCUUCACACACCUCUGCAAUGCAAACCUCAGUGUGCCUGAAAAAACAGUGGAAACAGAGGAAAAGCCCAUCAGAGUGAUUCUGCUGGUGGGAGUGCCGUUGUUGGUGCUGCUGGUGUUGUCGAUGGCAGCCUGUGGGAUCGUGUUGUGGCUGCGUACGAGGCGACAGCACCACCAGCUGGUGGAACACGACACUUCCAUGCUCAAAGUCCCCAGUGGUGGGGACCCAACUUAUGGGGAUAUAUUUGAUGAGUUUUGUACGUCAGGCAGUGGGACCGGCCUGCCUUAUCUGGUGCAGAGGACCAUGGCGCGACAGAUCUCUCUGGUUGAGUGUGUUGGUAAAGGGCGUUAUGGAGAGGUAUGGAGAGGCACCUGGAUGGGAGAGAGUGUGGCUGUCAAGAUUUUCUCCUCUCGUGAUGAACAGUCCUGGUUUAGAGAGACUGAAAUCUACAACACAGUCCAACUAAGGCAUGAAAACAUCUUGGGCUUCAUAGCAUCCGACAUGACGUCUAAGAACUCCAGCACUCAGUUGUGGCUGGUCACACACUUCCAUGAGCUGGGCUCCCUCUAUGACUUCCUGCAGUACAGCACGCUGGACCCCGAGGGCUGCCUGCGCAUGUGCCUGUCUAUCGCCAGCGGCCUUGUGCACCUCCACACCGAGAUCCUCAGUACACAGGGCAAACCGGCCAUUGCACACCGAGACCUGAAGAGCCGCAACAUUCUGGUGAAGAGAAAUGGGCAGUGCUGCAUCGCAGACCUGGGCCUGGCUGUCAUUCACUCUCAGUCUAACGAUUAUCUGGAUGUGGGCAACAACCCGAGGGUGGGCACCAAGCGUUAUAUGGCACCGGAGGUUUUGGAUGAGAGUAUCCGUGUUGAUGUUUUUGAGUCUUACAAACAAACUGACAUCUGGGCCCUAGGUCUCGUCUUGUGGGAGAUAACUCGUCGAACUAUUGUAAAUGGGAUUGUGGAGGAGUACAGACCGCCAUUCUUUGACAUGGUGCCCUCUGACCCCAGUUUCGAGGAGAUGAAGAAAGUGGUGUGUGUGGACCAACACAGGCCCAGUCUCCACAAUCGACUACACUCUCAUCCGAUCCUGUCUGCAGUUGCGAAGAUUAUGAAAGAGUGCUGGUUCCAAAGCCCUUCCGCUCGACUCACUGCUCUUCGUGUGCGAAAGACCCUCUCCAAACUGGACCAAGACCAUGACUACGACAUCGCCAAGCUCAAACUGGACCUCUAAAAUAAACCUCCUGCCAUGCAUAGCCAAGGAAGUUGAAUUCUAAUGGACCCACAUGACAUAUUCAUCCAUCUGAGUACUUUUAGACUCUUUUAAUGUGCCUUUCAAGCUUCGUGUCUUAAGGCUCCACUGAACAUGGCUUAUCUUAUCAAGACAUUAGUUCACUGUGGGAAGUCGAGGCCAGAACUGCGCUGUUAAAUGUUUCUCCUCAAAUAUAUCUACACGAAUGCUUUUCCAGGACCUGCUUAUUUCAACAAGGUUAAAAUAAGGUUGAUGAACCCCAAAAAAUCUUUUUAAUAUAGUGAGAGUGAGAAGUUUUUUUCAGGCAGGAUGUGGGUCAUUCAGGUGUUUCCUGAAAUUCUCAACUUCCUAAACAUGACUGUAACCUAGAAAGGUAGGCACAUGCUUUAGACACGCUUUUUGCACUUAUUUUUUUGUAGCUGUUUUUAUUUUUAUUUUUAUUUUUAUUUUUUUUUGGUUUCAUGAAAGACUGGACCAUCUUUUUAAGAACAAGUACUGCAUUACAACUUGCACCGAGUAAUUAUUAAAACAGAGGACAUUAGUAUAGUGCACUUUUAUAAAUUGUUUAAUGUUUUUUUUACAAGAUUACAGUCACAUUACUCUAGCUGUACUAUAUAUUUUUUAUAAUGUACAACAUAAUUGCUUUUUCAAAAAUAAUCAUCAAAAAUGUGUAUACAAUGUGUAUAUAAGUUCUUCUGCACUAAAUGUCUAUUGUUAUUUUCACUCCAAAUAAUAGUAAGUAUUAAUACAUUUCAGGAUGCUGAAGCAGACUUUGAAAUUUUCUCUGUACCAAAAAAAAAUUAUUAGAUCGCAAACUAAUUUUUGUGGGGGAAUCAAUAAAAUAAAUGAUAAAGUGUAUAAAUAUAUACAUAAUAAUAUGUAUAAAUAAACAAACAAAUAAUUACAAGCAGCUAAAUUUCA